UUUAUAGUAGGCAAUGCUUUUGACGUAUCAACGACUCCAGUGGGAUUGUUUCAACAAAUGAGAGAUUAUUCUAAAAUAUGGAAAUCCAUAAACGGCUUCUGGUCUUUUCCUAUAGCAGCUGUGAAUGUUUACCAUCCAGAUGAUGUCGAGGUUGUUAUUUCAAACACAAAACACAAUGCAAAAAGUCCAUUAUAUGGGUUUUUAAGGAGCUGGUUGAGUGACGGAUUACUUUUAAGUAAAGGUUCGAAAUGGCAAUCCCGCAGAAAAUUACUCACGUCAACGUUCCAUUUCAACAUUUUACGUCAGUUUUGUAGGAUACUGGAGGACAACAGCCACCGCUUGGUGCAAAAUGUCGGCAAAUCAUUGGGACAAUCAGUUGACAUUGUUCCAAUUAUCACAGAAUAUACUCUGCAGUCUAUAUGUGAAACAGCGAUGGGAUCUCGGCUAUCAGAAGAGACACAAGAAGUCGCUAGAUCUUAUAAAGAAGCUGUACACGCUCUCACGAAUCAAUUCGUUCACAGAGUAAGUCGACUAUAUCUUCAUUCAGAUCUUAUUUACAACUUGGUUAACUUUGGAAAACCUAAGAAGGAUUUAGACACCGCCCAUAAGUUUACUAAGAAAGUCAUCAAUAACAGAAAAGAAUACAUUAAAAAGAAUGGAAUUAAUGUGAUUGGCGACAAUAACGAAAAUACCGAUGAAAACAUUUAUACGAAACCUAAAAAAGUUGCAAUGCUAGAUCUCCUUAUAACAGCACAAAAGGGAGGUUUAAUAGACGACACUGGAAUUCAAGAAGAAGUUGAUACGUUUAUGUUUGAGGGCCAUGACACGACUGCAUGCGGCAUAACGUACAGUCUAAUGCUGAUCGCCAAUCAUAAAGAUGUACAGGACAAAAUAGUGGCAGAACUGGACGAAAUAUUUGACGAUUCCAAUCGUCAAGCAGAUUUAGAUGAUUUGUCUAAGAUGCGGUAUUUAGAGAGGUGCAUCAAAGAAUCACUGCGGUUGUAUCCGCCUGUUCCAGCCAUUGGUCGUAUAUUAAGCGAAGACGUCAUAUUAAGUGGAUAUAAAAUUCCCCAAGGAACAUAUUGUCACAUACAAAUUUUUGACCUGCAUCGUAGAGAGGACGUAUUCAAGGAUCCCUUAGUGUUUGAUCCCGAUCGCUUUUUACCCGAGAACUGUGCAAAUCGUCAUCCGUUUGCAUAUAUACCAUUUAGCGUGGGACCUAGAAAUUGUAUAGGUAAGAUGAGCAGACAAAAGUUCGCUAUUAUGGAAAUGAAAUCCGUGCUUUCGUCAAUACUGCGUCACUAUGAAUUACUUCCAGUAACAAAACCAGAAGGUCUAACGUUCACAGUGGAUUUAGUAUUAAGAACUAUAAACCCGGUUUACGUCAAGUUUGUUAAAAGGAACAAAAAAUAA